AUGGCUUCCUUACAACCGCUUGACGCCUCUAAACUGAGCUAUACUUACACCAUAACACCCCAACAAGUCCCCGAUCAAGAGACUCUCAAGCGCACCCAUGGCACGAUAUGCACUGACCACAUGAUUAUUGCAUCAUGGAAGGCCGAAGCGGGCUGGGCCGCUCCCGAACUGAAGCCAUACACGGGUAUUAUAUUAACCCCCUAG